AUGAGGUUCCAAGACAUGCAGCAGCCGUGGAUAUCCUUCCUCAGGUGGGUGUCGGCCACCAAUUACGCGUUUUCAGCCUACAUGCGCAACCAGUUCCAGGGUGUGGACGUGUCCUGCGCCAACGGCAUCGCGCCCUCCCUGGUGACGCUGUUGCAGUCGCUCAUGCCGCGCACCAAGCUGCUCCGCACCCCGGCCGUCGAGCGCAUGCUGGUGCAGCCGGGCGCCGACUGCAUCAUGUCGCUCGACGCGGUCUUGGCCUAUUUUGACGUCACCUGGCCGGUGUGGGGUUACGCCCUGUCACUCGUCAUCUACCUGCUGAUCGUGCACGGGCUGACCUUCAUUGGCCUGUGCCGGCUCGCGUACAAGGAGCGUCGCUGA